CUCUUUUUCUAGUAUAUCCAUUUUUUAUUUUUUUUUAAGCUAACAAAGAAAGCUAUGGAGCUCAAAAUGAGAGCUCCGAUACUGGUUUUGUUUAUUGGGAUUUCUAUUAUCCUGAGCAUUGUAAAAGCCGACUUUUCUGAUUCUAUCAAAUUGAAUACUGGUGGGUUGAAAAGAGCCAAUUUUCCGGAUGGCUUCAUCUUUGGAACGGCCACUUCAGCUUAUCAAGUUGAAGGUGCAGCCAAUGAGGAUGGUCGUGGCCCAAGCAUUUGGGAUGAGUUUGUGAAAAUUCCAGGAAUAGUAGCUGAUAACGCCACCGGAGAUGUCACGGUGGACGAGUAUCAUCGUUAUAAAGAAGAUAUUGAUCUUAUGAAAGAAUUGAAAUUUGAUGCAUAUCGCUUCUCAAUUUCAUGGUCCAGAAUUUUCCCAAAUGGCACUGGACAAGUAAAUUGGUUAGGAGUUGCAUACUACAAUAGGUUGAUUAACUACAUGCUCUCAAAAGGUAUUACUCCUGUGGCAUGUCUAUAUCAUUAUGAUCUUCCUCAAGCACUUGAGGAGAGGUACUUGGGAUUGUUAGAUCACAAAGUAGUAAAUGAUUUCGCAAACUAUGCUGAUUUUUGCUUCAAGCAGUUUGGAGACAGAGUGAAGAACUGGAUGACCUUUAAUGAACCAAGAGUAACAGCUGCUCUUGGUUAUGAUAAUGGAUUUUUUGCACCAGGAAGGUGUUCAAAAGCUUUUGGUAAUUGUACAGCUGGGAAUUCAGCAAUUGAACCUUACAUGGCAGCACAUAACUUGCUUUUAUCACAUGGAGCUGCUGUACAAAGAUACCGCGAAAAGUAUCAAAAAACACAAAAGGGAAGGAUCGGAAUUCUCUUAGAUUUUGUAUGGUAUGAGCCUCUUACUCGAGGAUUACAAGACGAAUAUGCAGCACAAAGAGCAAGAGACUUCCAUCUUGGAUGGUUCCUUAGCCCGCUAACUUAUGGUGAAUAUCCAAAAACAAUGCAAGAGAUAGUUCUUGAUAGAUUACCUAAGUUCACCGAAGAGGAGGUCAAAAUGGUGCAAGGCUCAUUUGAUUAUAUUGGUAUCAACCAGUAUACUUCUUACUACAUCUAUAAUAAUCCACCUAAUACAGGUCCUCAAAAGGCCUUGGGUUACCAGGAAGAUUGGCAUGUGGGUUUUGCUUACUCAAAAGAUAAUGUUCCUAUAGGUCCUAAGGCAAAUUCUUAUUGGCUUUACGAUGUACCAUGGGGCAUGUACAAAGCUUUAAUGUAUGUAAAAGAGCGUUUCCAAAACCCUACCAUAAUCUUAUCAGAAAAUGGCAUGGAUAACCCUGGUGAAAUGUCUGUCCCCGAAGGAUUAUUCGACACUAAUAGGAUCCAUUACUAUAAGGGCUAUAUAAAUCAAAUGAAGAGGGCAAUGGAUGAUGGAGUAAAUGUUAUUGGCUACUUUGCAUGGUCAAUUUUGGACAAUUUUGAAUGGAGGUCAGGAUUUACUGCAAGGUUUGGCAUUGUAUAUGUUGACUGGGAGAGAAAUCUCAAGAGGAUCCCAAAAUUGUCUGCCUACUGGUUCAAGCAAAUAUUGGGCAACGAGGAUGACACCUUCAAUUGAAGCUGAAGAGAAACAAGUAGCAGACGUAGGUGGAUGACUAAGAGUAAUGGUUUUUUAGUAUUUAAUUUUAAGUGUUUGUGCAAAUCUUGCAAUGUUUUAGGGAGUAGUGUGUUUAUGAGUUUCCUGUUCUUUGUUGGUAAAUAAUGCUUUUGAUAGAUUAAUAAAAUUUGGCUUCUGGA